AUGUGCAUGCAGAAACUCCUUUCCCUGAUCCUCCACGCAGAUGUGGUCUGCCCAACCAAGACUGUCCGUUGUUACUCUACCAACAAACCAUUGGUAACACAUGAAGUCAAAGCUGUCCUCAAUAGGAGGAAAGCCGCCUUCAGGAGCAGAGACAUGGAGGCAAUGAAGACAGCACGGCAGGAGGUCAAACUCUGCAUGAGGGAAGCCAAGGACAGCUACAGGAGAAAGAUGGAGCACAAGCUGCUACAAAAUAACAUGAGGAAGGCUGCGUGUGACUGCAGACUGCAGAUGGCAGCCUCCUCAGUCAUGUGGGUGAUUGCACUUGCCCUGAAUCUGGCCCUCGUGGCUGGUCAGCAUAUCUCUGCUCCUCCACCUCCUGGCUUUCCUCUUGAUAAGACCUAUGUGUAUAAGUAUGAGGCAGUGCUCCUGGGUGGUUUGCCAGAGGAGGGUUUGGCAAAAGCUGGGCUCAACAUCAGCAGCAAAGUUCACAUAACACUCCAGCAGGAGGCUACAUAUGUGCUGCAGCUAGUAGAACCUCAGCUGUUUGAGUACAUUGGAAUUCGGUCAAAGGGUUCUUUAAACCAACCGGCCGAAUUUCCCUCAGAACUCACAUCUGAUCUCACGAUUCCGAUUAAGUUUGAAUAUGUCAACGGUAUUGUGACAAAACUGCUGGCCCCGGAGAAAGUCUCACCAAUGGUGAUGAAUAUUUACAGAGGUAUCCUGAGCAUCCUUCAGCUUCAAAUCAAAGAGAAAUCUUUGUAUGAGAUGGAAGAGGAAGGGACUCAGGGCAUGUGUGAAACCAUCUAUGUCAUCAGUGAACAUGAAGAGGAAGGCUACAUGGAGCUGAGAAAGACCAAGAACCUGAACAAAUGCCUUCAGAAGAUCAAGAAGGACUUUGGGUUAUCAUACAUGGAAAAAUAUCCAACAAAGCAACAUCAACAGAGAAACAAUGAAGCAAAGAACCUUGAAGGUGUGACAACGUAUGACUACGUCCUGAAACCAGAUACCGCCGCAACUUUGAUACUGAAUGCACGUGUCACCGAGCUCAUUCCCUUUUCACCAUUUCCUGACAUAAAUGGAGCUGCUCAGAUGGAGACCAAGCAAUCCUUGGUUUUCCUUGAGCUUCUGGAUCAUGUGGAAAACAGAGAAGAGAACCAGUAUGUUGACCGCGGGUCUCUUAAAUAUGAGUUCUCCUCUCAGCAGCUUCAGAUGCCUGUGGCACUCAUCAAGAUCAGUGAAAUGCAGAAACAGAUUGAAAAGACUGUGGAUCAUCUAAUGUCCACCAACAUGGAGAAAGCCCACGAAGACGCCCCUCAGAAAUUUCUGGAACUUAUUCAGCUCCUUCGUUCAGCCGGCUCUGAGAACCUUGAAACAAUCUGGAGGCAAAAAAAGAAUAAAGCCAACUUCAGAAAAUGGAUCUUGGAUGCCAUUCCUGCAAGUGGAACUUUGGCUGCUCUCAAGUUCAUUAAGGAGAAAUUUUUGGCCGAUGAGCUGAGUUUUACUGAAACAGUGCAGGGUUUGGUAACAUUUGUGCAUAUGGGAUUUGCAAACAAGAACACCAUCAAACUUCUUGAGGAACUUACUGUCAAUAACAAAAUAACAGAAAAUCCAUACCUGAAAGAGAUUGUCUACCUUGGCUAUGGUACCAUGGUUUCCAAAUACUGUGCUGAUAAUGCUGUCUGUCCUGAAGAAUUUGUAAAGCCUCUCCAUGGUCAACUGAGUGAUGCUGUUUCUAAAGAAGAACAGAACAAAGUUAUCCUUCUGCUCAAAGUUUUGGGGAAUGCUCGUCACCCGAAGAGUUUGAAACCACUCACAAAGAUCUUGCCCAUAUUUGGAAACAAUACUGCAGCUCUGCCUACGUCAAUCCACGCUGAAGCCAUCAUGGCCAUAAAAAACCUUGCCAAAAAGGAGCCCAGAAUGGUCCAGGAAUUAGCUUUGCAGCUGUACAUGAGCAAGGAUCUUCACCCAGAGCUCCGCAUGCUUGCCUGCAUCAUGCUGUUCGAGACACAUCCUUCAAUGGCUUUGAUUAAUACAGUCGCAAACUUUCUACAGACAGAAAAAAAUCUGCAGCUACUGAGCUUCUCUUUUUCCCACAUGAAGUCCAUCACCAGAAGUACGAUCCAUCCUUCAGUUGCCAGAUCUUGUAAACUCGCUGUCAAUCUGCUGAAACCAAGGGCAGAGAGAAUGAGCUACCGUUUCAGUAGGGCCAUGUACAUGGACGUUUAUAACUAUCCCAUGACGCUUGGUGCUGCUGUCAGCGCUUUCUACAUCAGCGAUUCUGUAAGUAUUCUGCCCAAGUCUGUCAUGGCUAAAACCAAAGCUUACAUCGCUGGAGCUGCAGCUGAUGUUUUGGAGGUUGGAGUAAAAUCUGAGGGACUCCAGGAGAUGUUUCUGAAACACGUUAACAUCAAUGGUAACGUGGACAGAAUCACCAAGAUGCAACACAUCAUUAAGGCUCUUUUUGAGUGGAAGUCCCUGCCCAACAAAAGGCCACUCAUCUCCAUCUACAUCAAGUUACUUGGACAAGAAGUUGCAUUUGCCGACAUUGACAAACCCAUGAUUGAGCAGGCCAUUGCGCUUGCUCAUACAAAGGUGCUAACCUCCAUGACAGAUGCUGUAAAGGCUAUGCUCUCGGGUGUGUCUGCUAAAUUUGCUAAAUCCCUGCUGCUUGCAGAGGUACGGCGUAUCAUACCUACUGCUGCUGGUCUACCAAUGGAGUUGAGUCUGCAUACUGCUGCUGUGGUUGUUGCCGAUGUGCAAGUUAAGGCCACCGCUACACCACCUCUGCCAGAAACCAUUGAGCCUGCACAGCUCCUGAAAACAGACUGGGGUCUGGAUGCUGAUCUCAAACCAAGUGUCGCUAUGAACACAUUUGCUGUGAUGGGAGUGAAUAUACCUGAACUGAAGGCUGCCAUGAUUUCCAGAGUUAAAUUAAAUGCUAUUGCUCCAGCCAAAAUCAAAGUCAGACUAGACAUACCAGAAGGCAACUUUAAGAUCGAAGCACUGCCAGUUCCAGUACCUGACGAGGUUGCUGCUAUACGUGUUGAAACUUAUGCUGCAUCAAGAAAUAUUUUGGACGCUACUCCUGACAGAAUAAUACCACUUAUCCCUGAUGUAGUCAAGGAAACCAGUUCACAUCACACAUCGAGUGCUUCCGCUGCUGAUAGUAUGUCUACGUCUUCAGAGCUCAUUUUCCAAGAGGACACCAAGUUCAACCUAAAAACUAAAGCACCUCAUUAUGAAAAGUAUUGUGGCAAAGCUGUUGGGAUUAAAACCUGCAUCACAAUGGCUUCAAUAAAUGCUGCUUUCAUUCAAGACUUUCCUCUGUACAAACUAGCAGGAUACCACUCCCUUGCUGUCUCUGUGAAACCAGUGGAAGGAGAAGCCAUUGACAAAUUGGAAAUGGAGGUUCAGGUUGGAGCUAAAGCGGCAGAGAAGCUCAUCAAAAAGCCCAGAGUGACUGAGGAAGAUGCUGUGGAAGGAAAAGCAGCCGUGCAGAAACUCAGGAAAAUCCUGGCUCCUGGUCUGAAAAACAGCACCUCCAGUAGCUCCAGCAGUUCUCGCUCAAGCCUUCGCUCCGCUACUUCUUCGUCAUCAUCUCGUCAGAAGAGCAACAGCACGGAAACAAAUGGUUCACCCAAUGUGCGUUAUAGCAGCAGCAGAAGUAGCAGCAGGAGGGGAAGCAGCAGCAGCAGCUCCGCUGGAUCAAUGAGCAGCUCUUCCAGGUCCAAUUCUUUUUCGAACUUUGAGUCUUUCUUCAGCUCGUCAAGCUCCAGCUCUCGUAGUGCAAUGCAAGUGAUUAAUCUCAAGACGUUCCAGAUGAGCCACAGCAAUCAGAAGAAAGAUCUUGACUACAGUGAUGCAUUCUUGGCCAUCAUCUUCCGUACUGUCAGAGCUAACCAGAAGAUGCAAGGAUACCAAAUAGGUGCCUUCAAGGACAGGCCAACCAGCAGACUUCAGCUCAAAUUCGAAAGCUUGGCUGAAGAGAAUAACUGGAAGAUCUGUGCUGAUGGAGAAAUGCUGAGCAACCACAAAAUUGCAACCAGAAUCAGUUGGGGACCAGAAUGUAACAAAUACAGCACCAUCAUCUCUGCUGAGACGGGUCUUGUUGAGUCCAAUCCUGCAGCUCGCUUCAACAUGAGCUGGAACAAUCUCCCCAGUGCCUUUAGACACUAUGCAAAGAAGGUGUGCAGCUAUAUAUCUGAAUAUCUGGUGGAUGAUUUGAGUCAAGGGAAUUUUAAAAGCGCUUUGAAGCAGACCUCGCUAACAGUGAUCGCAGCCACUGAAAGGACUCUGGACUUUGUUUGGGCAUCACUUAAAGGGAUCAUCUAUAAGUGGUCUUUACAUCUUCCAGUCUCACUUGAGCAGAUCGCACGCCUUAGACCUUUUGAUGACCAGUUUGCACAAAAGAUUUUCUCCUUGGUUUCAGAAGCUACUUCUGCUGAAUGUAGCAUGGUCAAAGACAAUCUGACGACAUUCAACUACAGGACAUACAAAAACAAGAUGCCCUUGUCCUGCUACCAGGUUUUGGCUCAAGAUUGUACACUGGAGCAUAAAUUUGUGGUUUUGCUGAAGAAAGAUACAAUGGAACAGAAGCACAUCAACGUGAAAAUCUCUAGCUUUGAUAUUGAUCUGUACUCAAAGAACAGUGACAUAAUAGUGGAGAUCAAUGGGAAGAAAAUCUCCAACUUGCCAUACCAUCAAUCCACAGAACACAUCAACGUCAAACCAAAUAAGGAAGGAAUCUCUGUGUAUGCUCCAAGCCAUGGUCUUCAAGAAGUCUACUUUGCCAAGGACUCGUGGAAGAUUAAAGUUGUAGACUGGAUGAAGGGACAAACAUGUGGAAUCUGUGGAAGGAGUGAUGGUGAAGUCAGACAGGAGUAUCGCAUUCCCAAUGGACAACUGACCAAAAACAAAGUCAUCUAUGCCCAGUCAUGGAUUCUACAAGCUGAAAACUGCCAGGACAGCACUGAAUGUCGCAUGAAGCUUGAGCAUGUGAAUCCAGAUAAGCAGCUCACCCAGGGCUCUACAUGCACCUCUAUUGAUCCUGUGAUGCGUUGCUUGCCCGGGUGCAACCCAGUGAGCACCACACCCGUCACUGUUGCCUUCCGUUGCAAUUCUGCUGGUAAGACUACAAGAAAAGACAGCUGAAAGAACAUGACAAUUUAAAGACAACUUCCAUGGUUGCUAAUUUCUUUUGUUUUUAAUGUGCAGAUUCUACACCAAGUGGCCGUCAGCAAAUCACAGCUAGGAGCACUGUGUUGAUGGAUAAGGUCGAUGCCCACCUCAGCUGCAAAUGCACUGCCUGUGCCUAAAUAUCACAUUUCUUCUGGCAGUCCUGUA